AUGCUGAAGACCCUGAGUCUUCUUUCACUCUGCUCUCGGGUGACGGCUGGCAGACUCUCCACUGCGGACUCCUGCCGACAACAGCUCCUGGCCGACGGUAACUGCUGUCUGGAUCAGCGUGUGAAUCGUGAUGUGUUACAGAGGCGGCUUUCCAGGCCGGGUACCACUUGGCAAUGUGCGUCGAAGGAUGGCUGCGUGUCAGGUGACGGCCAAAGAGGUGGAGACUUCGUGGCACUGCCUCCAGAUGCGACCUGUGAGACGUGCCGAAUCUUGUUCCUUCACGGUGGCAGCUGGUACUAUGGCUCCCCUGAAACCGACGGAUACAAAGCGCUGGCAACGAAGCUUGCGCACCGAACGCGUUGCGUGAUCAUGCUGCCGGAUUUUCCUUUGCUGCCUGUUGGCAAGUUUCAUUCCAUGCUGGCAGCUUCUAUUGCAGCGUUGCAAUACCUGAGCACUUACCAAGUUUGGGCGAGUUGCCGUCCAUCAACUCCUGUAGAUAUGUUCGUCGGAGGUGAUUCAAGUGGCGGUUCCACGGCGCUGAGCGUUGUUCUGAGAUGGAAGCUCGAUCCUGACAUUCUUCCAUCUCAUGCCUCGCUGGCGGGGGGCUUCUUCUGGAGUCCCUGGACAAAUCUCAUGUGCAACACCCCAGAGUAUAUAACAAAUGCCUACAUGCAUGCACCACCACCGACUGAAAUAUCUGAUCACGUCGGCGACAUCCUUUUCACACAGCGGCCCGUUGACAACAUGGCCAUGUUUCGCAAGAAUGCUCUUGAGUAUGUUGGUGGCCGCGUAGAAAUGCUGAAGGAUCCCAUCGCCUCCCCCUUCUACGCAGAUUCGGAGUGGCAAGCUGGCCCAGGCAUGGCAUCCCCAGCGCUUUACUUCGCAGUCGGGUCUUCCGAAACAAUCUUAGGCGAUACCACGAUCCUUGCUGAGAAAGCUGCUGCUAAGGGAGUACAGGUCGUUGUCGACAUUUUCCACGGCAUGUGGCACGACUUUCCCAUGUACUCGGAUGGCUGUGGUUCUGAGCAGCCGCUGUGGUCAGGACAACGGGCCUGGAACAACACAGUCGAAUUCCUGAAAGCGGCGAGUGCAACGGCGAGUGCAGCAAAGGGAGGCGGCUCAGGCGGCUGGCCACUCAUACGCUACGUUUAUGACGAGUCGGCCUCUGGUCGAGCUGGAUGGUUCCCGACAGCGAGUCGGCCACUCCGAAUCGGGCUCGGGCCUGCGUCUGCGGAGUCUGCGGAGGGCCACCCAAGGCUUCAGUCUCUCCUAUUCAUGCUUUGUGGUGGAUUCCUGGGACAUCUCAUGUCCAUGGGUUUCGGCCCACUGAAGAUCGCUGCGCAGAAGCUGCUCGAGAAGAAACGCGAGUUUGCCAAGCCCGAGGAGAUGGCGCCCCUGAUCAUGUGGGAUUUGAAAGCCAUUGCCAAUAUCGUCCACCCACCACCUGGCUUUUCCAUGACCGUGCUUUGGACGCUGCCAAAGCGCGACAAAGAGCGUCGGAAGGGUGAUGCCGCUGUAAAUCCCGUAGAGAGGACGCUGAAGCGUCGCUCGUCAGUGGCAAGUCCUGCUCGCAAGAGGGCUUGCCGACCUAUCACCACAGCGCGCCCGGCUAUCUCAGAGCUGAAAAGCAUCGUCAUCAACUUGGAGCGACGACCCGACCGCAUGGAAGGAUGCGAGCAACGCUUGCGCAAGCAUUGCCCCAACCUGCCCCUCGAGCGCUUUGCAGCCACUGAUGGGCGGCAGGCCUCGAUCCCUUUGGAGGAAGUCGCGACUUCUUGGAAUACUGCUAGAAAUGUAUCCUUCCAGAAGCAGCGUGCCUUGAGGAAGGGCUGGAACGAUUUGGACACCUAUCAGGUGCGCACGUUGGAACUCAGCCCCGGGGAGCGGGGAUGCGCCUCUUCACACGUGCGAGCCUGGCGGGCUUGUCUAGAGCGUGCCCAAGGCACCGAUCGACCACUUCUUGUGCUGGAGGACGAUGCGGCACCCACUCCGGAGUUCUGUGAGCUCCUGGACAAGGCACUGGGUGCGCUCCCGGAAGAUGCGCAUCUUCUUUACCUCGGCUACUCUCAGGCCGCAGACUGGCGCCGGGAGGUAUCGGCGGAGCUGGUGGAGUCGCUCUACGUGUGGACGACUGUUGCAUACAUUGUUUGGCCUGCAGGUGCCAGGAUGCUUCUAUCAAAGCUGCCCGUGAAUGAGCCCGUCGACAACUGGAUGGCGGGCCUCUGCGCCAGCGAUGACAUCAAGGCAUAUUGCGUCCGCCCGAAGAUCGUGCUACAAGCAGAUGCUUGGAACGUGAACUCCGACGUGGCCCAUUCGGACGAGCAUUACUGGGGACCAAACUCUGACAUUCAGCACUCGGAUGUGCUUUACUGGGGCCCGGGACACCCCGAAGCUGGAGGAGAUCCGGCAGGUGGCCUGCUCUGGGAUCUCGACUCGGAGGAUUCCGAGGACGAGCUGUGA